CUAGAUUUUCCUGUCUAACUAACGCACUACACCAAGAAGCUUGCCGCUUACAGAUUAACAUAUUCCACACGAUGCUUUUUCCAUUUUCCGCUCGCAAGGCGAAUCAAUCCGCGGAUUUUCUUGGCUCGCGGUGCGGAUUCAACUUCGUAAAUUGCAGGCGAAAUGCGGAGCUUUUGUCGCAGGGAUAUGAGCCACCGAAGGCGAUCCGCACGGGCACCUCCAUUGUGGGCAUCAUCUACCAGGAUGGCGUUAUCCUGGGCGCCGACACGCGCGCCACCGAAGGACCCAUUGUCUCGGACAAGAACUGCUCCAAAAUCCACCACCUUCAGGAUCACAUCUACUGCUGUGGAGCUGGCACCGCCGCCGACACCGAGAUGAUGACCCUGAUGACCAGCGCCGAGCUGGAUCUGCACCAGCUGAACACGGGGAGGCAGGUGCCGGUGGUCUGCGCCAGCAUGCUGCUCCGCAGGACCCUCUUCCGCUACCAGGGUCACAUUGGUGCCGCCCUGGUGAUGGGCGGCGUGGACAGCAGCGGUCCGCAGAUCUACUGCAUCUAUCCGUGCGGCUCCAACGACAAGAUACCCUACGCGGCCAUGGGCUCCGGCACCUUGGCGGCCAUGUCUGUGCUGGAGCACGGCUGGCAACCCCACCUGGACCAGGAGCAGGGCAAGCAGCUGGUGCGCGAGGCCAUCUCGGCGGGCGUGUUCAAUGACCUGGGCUCCGGUUCCAACAUCGAUCUCUGUGUGAUCACCAAGAAGGGUGCCGUGUACCUGCGCACGGAUACGAUAGCCAGCGAGAAGGGCGAGCGGCUGGGCAAGUACGGCAUCAAGCCCAACUCCACCAUGGUCACCUCGAUCUCCGUGCUGAGUCUCCAGGUCACCGAUGAGCGAACCUACGCCGUGGAUGAUCCACAGCCGGGCACCAGUGGCGUCCAGGCGGAUUCACCGCCAACGGGAGUGGAGGCGGAGCAGGAGGAGAAGGAGGAGCUGGCCGAAGGAUCACAGACUAAAUCACCAUAGGCAUUCCACCCACACAUUCAUACAUUCAUUUCAAUUCGAGCAAAUUAACCGUUAACCAGCCACUUGACUUCACAUAAAUGCAAAUGCAAAGCGCCGAGA